AUGUAUUUUAAGCCUUCAUCAAUACAAAAAUGCAAACAUUUGAUAGUAUUUAUAUUAUUAUCUUUAUUAUUUCAACCAAUCUUACAAUCAAUGUUAUUUUUUAAUUCAAAUGUAUAUUAUGUAACUGGUCGGAUUGUAAAUAAACCAUAUAAAUUCAAUUAUCAAUUCAAUAAAUUCUUUUCCAGUAGUAUAAAGUCAAGUACUAUGUUCUAUCAACCUUUAAUAAUUCCAUUUAUUUCAAAAUUGGAUUAUAAUAGUGAAUUGAAACGAAGACAAAUAAGAAGUAUGCCAAUUAGAUCAUUCAUUACGUCAAAUAAAUGUCCACAAAGUACUUCGAAACAAAAAAAUACAUUCCUAUGGAAAAUUUCCACUAAGCCAACUUCAUUCCUUUUUGGUACAUUACAUGUAGCUUAUACACAUGUUUGGUCACAAAUUGAUCCUGUAGUAAAAACAAGUUUUGCUCAAUCAGAUAUUGUCUAUUUUGAACUAGAUUUAACUAAUCCCGUUACAUUAGCUGAAUUGAGUGAUUGCCAAGUGUUACCUAAAAAUCAAACAAUCACAAAUCUACUUAAACCAGACUUAAUUAAACGUUUAGAUCGAUAUUUAAAUAACCUUCGUCAUAUGAUUAAUGUAUGGAUUGAACCUGAAAAAAAAGUUUUCGCAUCAUAUCUAUAUGAGACAUUGACAAAAGAUUGGAAAGAAAAAAGACCUAUAUGGCUUUUAUUAUUAUUAAAUAGUUUGACAAGAAGUGAAAUAUUCGAUCGAGGUGUACCCGUACUGGAUUUAUUUCUAGCACAAGAAGCCCAACGACUAGGUAAACAACAUGGUGCAGUGGAACAAGUAAAUGACCAAUGUGAACCAUUAAAUCGAAUAAAUGUUCAUCAGGUAACAUUUGCACUUGAAAUAACAUUGAAUAAUUUAGAAAAUGCUAAUCACCCUAUGACACAUUUGACUAACUAUUUUAACAACGUUAAUCAUAACGAUCGUGUGAGUAGUCAUGAUAGCAGUAGCAAUAAUAAAUACCCAUCAAACACGAAAGUUUUAUUCAAUACAUGGAAUGAACAAAUAAAUGAUACAUUAAUUACUAAUCAAAAACGUGGACCGAUUCAACAAACAGAUGUAUUCAGUAGUCCAACAGAACGAUUAAUUGAACAUUAUAAUUGCGGUGAUUUGAAUGAAACAUUAUCUAGAAUGUCUUUAACCCAAACUACACCAUCAGAUUCUGUGUUAUUGUCAACUUCGUCGUCAGAUUACACUACAACAAUGAAUGAAACAAACACAAUUUCUCCUAUUACUAUGAUUCGUAAAAACGCUACAAUACAACAACAUAAAUUUCCCAACAAGGUGAAUAACAUUUCGAAACCACAUAGUUAUCGUACCCAAUCAUCACCAUCAUCACAAUCAACAUCAAGUUACUUCAUUGACAAAGAAAUAGCAAACUUGUUAAGCCCAAGUCAAGUUCAAACGCUUAUUGAUUUGGAGAAGUAUUUAAAUGAAGAACUGAUAGUUAGACGUAAUGAGCGAAUGGCUCAUGAGAUAAUCAGUAAAUUAAAACUUGCUGAAUCAUUAAAUCAAUCGGCAUUUUUUGCAUUAGGCGCAGCACAUUUUAUAGGAAGUGGAGAGACAAUUAUUGAUCAUUUACGUAAAGCUGGUUACAUCAUUAUUCCAGUUCCACAACAGAAUACAAUGAGAAGUGAAGUGAGAAUAAGUGAAAUUUCAGAAAAACCAUUAAAAUUUGAAAAAUUCAACAAAAUGUCGAAGAAACAAAUAGAACUAAACGAUGGCAUAUUUCCUAUUAGAGAACAAGAUGUCCCCGAAUUCCGGCCGAAAUACGUGAAAUUUGAUAACUCAUGGAUUAAAAUCGAAGACUUUAAACCAAGAACUUUGGUUAACUACAAUUAUAUAUCUACGUCUAAUAUGGUUAAACAAUCUUCCAAACUAUUUGCACUAGAAACAAAUGUGAAGUAUUCAACGACUAAACACAAACGACUUCAACAGCUACAACAUACCAAUAAGCACAAAUCAAAGAAUCAAAAAGGUUUACAAUUACUAGUUAGCGCUUCAAAUAGACUCCAUCAUACGUUAGCCAUUAGAACAAAGACAAACAUUAUCACGAACCAAUGUAUAUUAUUUUAUACAGCAUAUAUAUUAAAACUAUUCUAA